AUGGUGCGGCUGGCGGCGGAGCUGCUGCUGUUACUGGGGCUCCUGCUGCUCACCUUGCACAUCACCGUGCUGCGGGCCAAGCCCGAUCCCCCGCCGGCCAACAGCACCCAGGGCCAGCCGCAGAACACCCUGGGUGCAGAUGGCCAUUCUGCUCCCAAAACCAGCUUCACAUUAAAUCCCAAGGACAAAAGACAAUUUCCUGACCACCAGGCAGCACACAGGCCAUUCCCCAAACAGCGAUUCAGGCAGGAAAAUGGACACACAUCAUUACAAAGAGAUGGACCCAGAUCUUUCCUCCUGGAUCUCCCAAACUUUCCUGACCUGUCAAAAGCGGACAUCAAUGGGCAAAACCCCAACAUUCAGGUUACCAUAGAAGUGGUUGAUGGCCCUGAUACUGAACCAGAGAAGGAUCUGCACAAAGAGAGCAGCAAGCCUAGCUGGCCAGUCCCAUCCCCUGACUGGAGGAACUGGUGGCAGCCAUCAUCCACCUUGACUCGCAUGAGUAGCGGUGACCAGGACUACAAGCAUGACAGCACCACCGAAGAUAGCAACUUCCUAAACCCUCUUGGUGGGUGGGAUAGGCAUGCACCCAACCACCGGACUUUUGAAUCCAAGGAGCAGCCAGAAUAUGAUUAUAUUGAUGGAGAGGGAGACUGGAGCCCAUGGUCCAUUUGUAGCGUAACCUGCGGGAAUGGCAAUCAGAAGCGAACCAGGUCCUGUGGCUAUGCCUGCACAGCCACGGAGUCGAGGACAUGUGAUAGGCCAAACUGCCCAGGGAUUGAAGACACCUUCAGGACAGCUGCCACAGAAGUGAGUUUACUUGCAGGAAGCGAAGAGUUCAAUGCCACUAAGCUAUUCGAAGUUGAUACUGAUAGUUGCGAAAGGUGGAUGAGCUGCAAAAGUGAGUUCUUGAAGAAAUACAUGCACAAAGUGGUUAAUGACCUACCCAGCUGCCCUUGCUCCUACCCCACAGAAGUCGCCUACAGCACUGCUGAGAUCUAUGAUCGGAUUAAACGGAAAAACUUUCGCUGGAAAGAUGCAAGUGGGCCAAAGGAAAAAUUGGAGAUCUACAAGCCGACAGCCCGAUAUUGUACCCGCUCUAUGCUUUCCUUGGAGAGCACAACUCUAGCUGCGCAACACUGUUGCUAUGAUGACAAUAUGCAGCUGAUUACAAGGGGGAAAGGGGCGGGUACGCCAAACUUGAUCAGCGUAGAAUUCUCCGCAGAGCUCCACUACAAAGUCGACAUUUUGCCUUGGAUUAUAUGCAAAGGCGACUGGAGCCGAUACAAUGAAGCACGGCCCCCUAACAAUGGUCAGAAAUGUAUAGAAAACCCUUCAGAUGGAGACUAUUACAAACAGUUUCAGGAAGCAAGGGAAUACUGAAGGGAUUGUCCUCCUCAGACAGGAAAAUGGGGAUCGUUUCCAUAAAACUGCAUUUGCUGCAUUAUCUAUUUGAAAUAGGGUUGGUCAGUAUCUUUCGUAUGAGUGUAUAUAUUUGUA